UCGUUAUAUUCAGCUGGCAAAAAAUUAUUAUCGGUGUUUGUAUAUUCACAAUACACCUAGCCAGCUAUUCGCAUAACAUUUUAUCCUUGAUACCGUACAGUACCUUCGUGGAAAAACGCAAGAUGGCAUUAAAUUAUAAUUCUGAAGCGGCCUGUGAAUUCCUGUCUUCAGCAUUUCAGUGGAUAGUAAAUAAAUUCAAAAAGUUGUGGUCGGUUUUGACAUCAAUAAAAUUGUUGAUAUGGACGAUCACAAUAUUAUUUGUUAUAACCGGACUAUCGCUUCUGAUAGUGGGCAUCGUCGUGUUAGUAAUGUGCAACAAUUAUUUCAUUUUGAUCGACAAUACAUUCUUCUUACUUCCCGUAUUCAUGAUUGGCACCGCUGUUAUCAUUUUCUUGACAGCUUGCCUCGGAUUCCAUGGAGUCACAAGAAACAAAUAUGAUUACGUUGUUUCGUUUAUCACGUUACUUGUAACGAUAUUAAUGUUUGAAAUAACGGUUACUGUUCUUGGAUUCGCACUGCAAGACAACGCUUGGCAAGGCAAUGUUGUACUUUAUAAAAUGCAUGAGUAUAUGCAAGAAUUUAUUAAUGGAGGAUGGGGUAGAUCAUUUUGGAAUACAAUGCAAAGGGAGUUACGAUGCUGUGGCAUCAAAGGUGUAAGCGAUUUUGGAAAUAGAAUACCCCUCAGCUGUUGCUAUGAUAUUACUACCUUUUCACCGUUUGAAUGCACGUCUUCAAAUAGUACAUAUUACGGUUGCUACUAUAGCCUGGCCGGCUUGGUUUCAGAAUAUGCGUUUGCUAUUGCAAUAACGGCCGCCACAGCUAGCUGCUUGCAGGUUGUAAUUACAGCUAUAGCUGUUUAUUUAGCCUAUAGAGUAAAACGCCAGCAAGAAAUACCAUAUAAAGGCUUACUAGAAUCACCGAUAAAUCAGGGAUCGAAGGCUAAUUAUAAUUCAAUACCCGGUCUAAUUGUCGGUGGACCAGACUCAAACGACAUUAUUUAACGUUGUUUUAUUAUAGGUAGGACAAAUAAGUAUUUUUAUUACUUAUAGGUAUUUAGGCUGGUGAGCCAUCGCUGAAAUUAAUUUGUAUUUUUUUUUGAAAGAAAGAAAGAAAUUAAUUUAUUCAUCUUGUGCAAUGAAACAUCUUGUGUUUUUGAAGUAAAAAAGGCGUGUUGGGCGAUUUUGGGAUGGGUAAAAACUUCAAGGUCACGUCACCGACAUGCUAAUGUUAAAUAAUAGCGCUCGGAGUUGACAAUAUUUACAAAAUUUUAAUUUUAGUUACGUGCUACAAUUACCAAAUUUGAAUUAUUUUUUUUAAACUACUGUUAUUUCAUAGUUUUAGCCUUUUACUUCUGUCGGUAGUCCCUUAUACCUUACUUUUUAAUUUUUUAAUAUGACUUAAAAUACUUAAAAAAAUAUUUUACUUAGCAAAGGAGGCAGGUCUGCGAAAUUAGUAGUUUUACCACCGAAUCCAUCUCGGCUAAGCAGCGUUCCGGGGAACUCCGCGACAUGUUUCCAUGCCUGAAAAAGAAAGUCUUCGAACUGUGGGUGACGUCCUGUUUUGACUGAUGAGUGAUGAUUUACAGACGGCUCCAAAACAUUGUAUAUUUUAUUAUGUAUAAUCGCAAUAAUAAUCACGACGUUUUAUUCUUUUACUUAGAUAAAUAAAAGGAAAGUAUAUUUA